AUGGUAAAGAUAUCCAGUUCCAAGUCUCCCUCGGACCCAUUAACCGAUUCGUCAGCUGUUUGUGGUAAAGCGAGUUGCUCAAAACCAGUUACUGGUUCUUCUGGGGGCAUGCAAUGUGACCUCUGCAGUUCUUGGUUCCAUGAGGCUUGCACUGGGUUGGAUAGACAGCAGUAUACCCUCCUACAAAACAGCGAUAAUUUGCCUUAUAAUUGCCCUGGUUGUGUGGGGCACAAAGCAUAUCGUCUAGUCCCAAAUGACGAAUUUGAAACUCUGGUAAAUAGAGUUGGUACCCUUCUAUCUUUGUUUAGUUCUUUAGAGGGGAAGGUUGAUCAAAUCGUCGUAAGCCUUGAACUUGCAGGCCUUCUCAGAACAAGCGUGCGUUCAGACGUGCGUUCGGACGAUUGCAUAAAUAGUACGGCUUCGAAGGAUCCACCAACUCUUGAGGCGGCGCCUGAAGAUGAUAAACAUACUGACGUUAUAUUGAACUCAGUUGUUGGUGGGGAAGUUGUACAGACCAGUGUAUCUGCGAAGGCAAAGCGGCGCAAGAUAAAGAAAUCCAUCAGUACAACGAAACCCAAGCUAAGAGAUGUAACGGUGGGCUCUGUCGAUACUCCGUCCCCGGAAACGAAGGCCGAAAACCCUUCCACCUCAUUGCCGAAAUCCUUCUCCUAUGCACCGGCUGUUCCUACUAAGGAGGAUAUGAACUCAAGCGCUGCGCCGGCCACUGCUACUGUGACGCGUGCCGUAAACACCCCUCGUCGUAGUGAUGCAUUUACGGACUGCAGCGUUAUCUUCAGGAAUAUCUCGGAGUCCUCUGCGACUCUUCCGAAAGAUCGCAUGCUUGACGACCUUCAUUGGUUCAAACUUUGCGUUUCUAAACUACUUCCACCCGGGUUUCCUGGGGUUACUGUUAGAAAACUUACUAGGCUUGGAAACAUAUCGGGUGAUAGUACUAAAUGUAGACCCCGUCUAUUACGCGUGGUACUAUCUACACCGGAGGAGCGCCAAGCUCUUUUGCGCUUCGCCUUUAAACUAAAGGGUUCCGGAGUGAGUAUACAGCCGGAUCUACCUUUGGCAGAUAGGAUAAAGCUUAAAGAAGCCAUCAAAAACCUUAAAGCGCGUCGCGAAGCUGGCGAGAAAGGUUUAUGUUUGGUGGGUUUUCGGGUGGUGAGCCGACGGUCCACUUCCGCCCUACCAGAGCCCAUUCUGGUAGCACACGACCCGGGGCUCUCCAUACCAAACGUUUUCACAUAG